AUGAACCGUCAAUUCACCUGCAAGUCCGGAGCUGCCACCAAGGGGGGCUCCAGUAGCUGCUUGGCGGUGCUUCCUGGGGGCAGCUCGUCCUCCUACCGGGCAGGGGGGAAAGGGCUUAGUGGGGGCUUUGGCAGUUGGAGCCUCUAUAGUCUGGGGGGUGGCCGGAACAUCUCCAUCAGUGUGGCAGGUGGCAGUGGGCUGACAGGUGGCUAUGGAUUUGGCCGGGGCCGGGUCAGCGGCUUUGCGGGCAGCAUGUUUGGCAGCGUGGCCCUGGGGCCCGUGUGCCCAACUGUGUGCCCUCCAGGGGGCAUCCACCAGGUCACCAUCAACAAGAGCCUCCUGGCCCCCCUUGACUUGGAGUUGGACCCUGAGAUCCAGAAAGUGCGCGCUCAGGAGCGGGAGCAGAUCAAGGCGCUGAACAACAAGUUCGCUUCCUUCAUCGACAAGGUACGGUUCCUGGAGCAGCAGAACCAGGUGCUGGAGACCAAGUGGGAGCUGCUGCAGCAGCUGGACCUGAACAACUGUAAAAAUAAUCUGGAGCCCAUCCUCGAGGGCUACGUUGGCAACCUGCGGAAGAAGCUGGAGACGCUGUCUGGGGACAGAGUGAGGCUGGACUCAGAGCUGAGGAACAUGCGGGAUGUGGUUGAGGACUACAAGAAGAGGUAUGAGGAGGAAAUAAACAAACGCACAACAGCUGAGAACGAAUUUGUGGUGCUCAAGAAGGACGUGGACGCUGCUUACAUGAACAAGGUGGAGCUACAAGCCAAAGUGGAUGCCCUGGAUGGAGAAAUCAAGUUCUUCAAGUGCCUGUAUGAAGGGGAGAUUGCUCAGAUCCAGUCCUACAUCAGUGACACGUCUGUCAUCCUGUCCAUGGACAACAACCGCAAACUGGACCUGGACAGCAUCAUUGCCGAGGUUCGCACCCAGUACGAGGAGAUUGCCCUGAGGAGUAAGGCAGAGGCCGAGUCCCUGUACCAGAUGAAGUUCCAGGAGCUCCAGCUGGCUGCCGGGCAGCAUGGGGACGACCUCAAACACACCAAGAAUGAGAUCUCAGAGCUGACCCGUCUCAUCCAAAGGCUGCGCUUAGAGAUUGAGAGUGUGAAGAAGCAGUGCUCCAACCUGGAGACAGCUAUUGCCGAUGCCGAGCAGCGGGGGGACUGUGCCCUGAAGGAUGCCCGGGCCAAGCUGGAUGAGCUGGAGGCCGCCCUGCACCAGGCCAAGGAGGAGCUGGCCCGGAUGCUGCGCGAGUACCAGGAGCUGAUGAGUGUGAAGCUGGCUCUGGACAUCGAGAUUGCCACUUACCGAAAGCUGCUGGAGGGCGAGGAGUGCAGGAUGUCUGGAGAGUACACCAACUCUGUGAGCAUUUCAGUCAUCAGCAGCUCCCCAGCCGGGACUGCAGGCACAGGGGCCAGCUUUGGGUUCAGCGGUGCUGGCACCUACGGCUACCGACCCAGCUCUGCCAGUGGGGGCUACAGCAUCCUGUCUGGGGGAUGCAUCACUGGCAGUGGGAACUGCAGCCCCCGUGGGGAAGCCAGGACCAGGUUGGGAAGUACAAGUGAAUUCAAGGACCCCCGGGAAAGACGUCAGCUCUGA